AUGAGCACCUCUUCACACGCUAAUAACGCCGCAAAUGCCAAACAGGGUGCUUAUCAUCCCUCAGACCCUAGCAGAGGCGCCCCAACCAACACGGACUAUCAACUCGGUCGCAAAGUCGAAGGGACUGACCCGCACCCUGAAUACCACGCAAAGGCAUUCCCUCCCGGUACAGCCCCAGCAAGCAACUCCUAUGCCUCAAACCCUGUCUCCGCAGUCCCCGGUCAAGCCAACGAGCUCAAUAUGGCCGCGGUAGAAGAAAAUGAUGGCACCUACACAUCAGCUGCGGAUACAUUAGCAGCAGCCACCUCGGAGAGUGUGAAUCGCGGCAUGGGCAGACCGAUGCAGGGCGAGACCAGCAACGAGCUCAGAAAUAAUGGGCAGCACCACCGCAAAAGGGAUACGCCCGGCCUAGAAGGUGUUGGUACCUAUAGGCAAAAUCGUGGUGUUGAACGUCGGUUCGCGGAGCAGCGUGGUCUCGAGAAAGAAGAGGCUGUCGUGAGUGGCACACAUGGCGACAAGCUUGACCGUCCCGCUGAACAGCGACAUCCUGAUGAAGCCUGA